AUGGCAACACAUGAUGAUUUCACAGCAGCUAAGUACCGAGCCCCUGUUGCGGUGUAUUGUGGGAGUGUCCCCAAAGUCAAACCCAGAUACAGAUCGCUGCGAGGGGGAAGCAUCGAUUCAAACUUGCAGCUGUAUGGAAGCAGAUGGACGACAGCAGAUGAAGCCUCUCUUCAGUCUGUACUGAAAGUCCAGAUGAAAAAACAGUCAUGCUUGUGGAGUGGAGAUGGGGGCCCACCUUAUCCCAGAGCCAUUUCCUCUCUGGAGGGCUUGGACAGCCCCACCUUGAAACAGGAUCCCAAAGAACUGGAGGUGAGCAGUGCGGCCAUGGAAACUGCUCAGAUCAAGGACAAGCUCAAGAAGAGGAGGAUCUCUGAGGGCUUAUUUGCAUCACACAGAGGCUUGCUUGACUCCAGUGGCCCCAAGGAGGUUGCCCUGAAGCCAGCUGUUUCCAGAUCUGCCUCUCAAAGGCUGCUGCUAACUUCCAAGCCCAUGCCUCCCAUUCAAAGCAUCCCUACCUCCCCAGAAGCCAAUGGCACAGAUGAAAGGGAGCAGAAGACCUUGGAGAAUGGCAUGAUCAGCUGGAGCCGUGGUGAGACCCACACUGAGCUGACUCCAACUUCCCAAGAGACUUCCCGGCAGUACUUGCAUUGCAAUGAUGAGAAGAUGAGGAAGUCAUUAGGUUCUGCUUUGAUUCCACCUAUUCCCAAAUCAGUGAGACCACCUGAUAGAGACUCUGGCAAUUCUCCAAUGCCUCUUUCAAGCUCUCAGCAAUUGGACCAGGCUGCUCUCACUAUACAGGAGACUGCUGAGAUAAGGUCAAGGCCAGACAGCAAUGCUGAGGAGAAGAUCCUUAAAUCUCUGGAAUUCAGAACUCUGGAACCCAUUUUGCCUGCUCCCAAAAAUGGCUUGACCGGUAGCAUGAAGCCUGCUGAAUAUUUACUGCCAUUAACAACCCUCUCCCUCAGCCAGGCCAAGGAGACAGGACCCCUAUCGAGCCCUCAUCUUUUAAAGGGUGAUGAUUGGAAGGAGAGCAAUGGAAGGAUCCACGUCACAAUAUCCAAGUCAGCUCAGGAGAAAAUGCGCCAGAAGCAAAUGAAAGAGAUGGAGCUUUUGCGCAGCGAGAGAGAGAAGGAAAGGUCCCUGCAGCUCCAUGAGCAAUUGCAGAACGUUGACCCAGGGGCUAUUGCUCAGGAAGUCCCCACAGGUUUUGGCCUGCUUAACACCAAUGGGAUCAUUUCUAUUACCCCCAACGUGACCAACCCAUGCAGAGCCAGCGUUGGUAUUGCCUUAAAGAAACGGGUCAACAGGCCAUCUCUGCCUAGUAUCCCCAUCAUCAAUCAUGACAGCAGCUUCAUGCGACACUCAUCAGCUAACUCCCUGCCAGCAAACACUCUGGAUUCUCCAGAGGGGGAGGAGGAGUCUGAAAGUGGGGAAGCCUUGGAGAUGAGACCCUUCUCUCACCCGGAGCAAGGGCUGGUUGAUGCUCUCAAGUGGCUCAAUAGCAAUGACUGGUCACUGAAGGAGAAAGGACUUUUCAGCAUCAAAUGCCUGGCUACCUGCCAUUCAGAAGUCCUCCUUUGUCGACUUCAUGAUGUUUCCUUGGCAGUUACCAGAGAGGUUAGCAACCUCCGCUCAAAGGUGUCUCGCUUUGCUAUCAGCACUCUUGGCGAGCUCUUCAGGACCAUGAAGAAGCACUUGGACCAGGAGGUUGAGGAGAUUGCCCGGGUCCUGCUCCACAGGACAGGGGAUUCCAGCGAGUUCAUUCAGAAAGCAGCUGAUCGAUCCCUGGGCGUCAUGGUGGGGAGUGUGACUCCCAUGCGAGCAAUGGCUGCCCUCAUGGCCGGUGGAGUAAACCAUCGUAACCCCCCCGUUCGAAAGUGCGCCGCUGAACACUUACUGACUGUCAUGGAACAGAUUGGGGCUGAGAAACUUCUGUCAGGCACCAGAGACAACACAGAACUACUGGUCCAGACUCUGGUGAAGCUUGCUCAGGACUGCAAUCAAGACACUAGGUUUUACGGCCGGAAGAUGCUGAAUGUGCUGAUGCCUCAUCCGAAAUUCGAUGGGUAUUUGAAACAGUCUCUCCCAUCACAUAACUUGCGAAAUGUUAUGGCAACAAUAAAGCAGAAAGGGAUGGAAGACAAUGUAUCUGAACCUCCUUCUGCCAAAGGCCGCAGGGAGUCUAGGAACAGCAGCUUGACUGCCUCCCAGGACAGUCUGCCUUCCAGCGAAGGGUCCAGAUCAGACACCCUAGCACCAGCACAGCCAGUGGUUCGUCGCUCAUCUCUCCGUAGUGUGGAAGCGAUGGAGCAGCUCAAGGAGCUGAACAAACUCCUGAUGGCCAAGGAGUUUCAGACACGAAUGGAGGGAGUGACACUGCUGGUGGAGCAUUGCAGGAACAACCCCCAGUUCGUCUCCGCAAACAUUGUCCAGAUUUUUGAUGCUUUUGCCCUGAGACUUCAGGACUCCAACAAGAAAGUGAACCAGCACGCGCUAGAGUCCGCUGCCUCCAUGAUCCCUAUCCUCAAAGAGGGUUUACACCCGGUUGUGGUCUCCAUGGUGACGGUUGUCACUGAUAACUUGAACUCUAAGAAUUCUGGGAUUUAUACUGCAGCAGUGAGGGUGCUGGACACAAUGAUCGCUAACCUAGAUAAUGCGUUGCUUCUACAAGCAUUUGCCAGCAGAGUGCAUUUCAUCAGUGGUCGAGCCAUGCAGGACAUCACGGAACACCUAUCAGCGCUUGUAGCUUCUGUCUACCCUCGGAAACCCCAGGCUGUGGAACGUCACACCCUGCCUGUUCUCUGGUAUUUCCUGAACAACAUGAUCGGAAAUGGGGUGUUACCUGGUAGGAGCGGGAAUGUCAGGACUGUGGUCUGCAAGCUUGCUAAAAGCCUGUACAAAGAGAUGGGACGCAGCCUAGAGGAUCAUGCUUCCAGCCAACCACAACAUGUGAUAAAAUCCCUCCGGGACCUUUUAGACAUGGAACUCCAGUGA